GUACUGCAGUCAUUACGGUCGACCGUUGGCCUCCAUUGUGGCCAGACCGGAGCACGUGACCGCUGCGCUGCGAGACAUACCGGAUUAUCUCCAUCACAGCGGAGCAGCGCGGAUGAAACACCGGUCACCUUCAGAGCAGCAUCACGGCAAAAGGCCCCGUGCUCCCGCCGCGGCUGCCUCCACCUCACCGCCAGCCGGAAUGGAGGACAGACCACCGUCAAAUCCGCGGGAACUCACCCAAAACCCCCUCAAGAAGAUCUGGAUGCCGUAUAAAAAUGGCCUUCCCGAAAAACACAUUUCUCAGAGAAAGGUAUGUAUGACCAACUGUCCCACCCUGAUCGUGACUGUGGGCCUUCCUGCCAGGGGGAAGACCUACAUCUCCAAGAAGCUGACCCGCUAUCUGAACUGGAUCGGUGUGCCCACCAGAGAGUUCAAUGUUGGACAAUACAGGAGGGAGUGUGUGAAGAUUUACAAGUCCUUUGAGUUCUUCCGUCCAGACAACGAGGAGGGGUUAAAGAUCAGACGCCAGUGUGCCUCAGCAGCGCUGAACGAUGUGCGACAGUAUCUCACAGAAGAGGGAGGCCAAGUGGCGGUUUUUGAUGCAACAAACACUACCAGAGAGAGGAGGGAAACCAUCAUCCAGUUUGCAGAGCAGAAUGGCUUCAAGGUGUUCUUCGUAGAGUCUGUGUGUGAAGACCCAGAUGUCAUACAGGAGAACAUAGUGCAAGUGAAGCUGGGGAGCCCCGACUACACCAACUGUAACACAGAGGAAGCAGUGGAAGAUUUCAUGAAGAGGAUCAAGUGUUAUGAAAACUCCUAUGAGACCCUCGAUGAAGUCCUGGACAGGGAUCUCUCCUACAUUAAAAUCAUGGACGUGGGUCAGCGGUACUUGGUCAACAGGGUGUUGGACCACAUCCAGAGCCGAAUCGUCUACUACCUCAUGAACAUUCACAUCACGCCGCGCUCCAUCUACCUGUGUCGCCAUGGUGAGAGCGAGCUGAACGUCAAUGGUCGAAUUGGAGGAGACUCCGGCCUCACGUCUAGAGGCAAAGAGUUUGGGAAGAAGCUGAGCCACUUCAUCCAGGCGCAGGGCAUCAGCGACCUGAAGGUGUGGACCAGUCAGAUGAAGAGAACCAUCCAGACAGCCGAGGCUCUCAGUGUGCCCUACGAACAGUGGAAGGUCCUGAACGAGAUCGAUGCAGGCGUGUGUGAGGAGAUGAUGUAUGAGGAGAUCCAGGAGCACUAUCCUCUGGAGUUUGCUCUGAGGGACCAGGACAAAUACCGCUAUCGCUACCCGAAAGGAGAGUCCUAUGAGGACCUGGUGCAGCGGUUGGAGCCGGUCAUCAUGGAGCUCGAGCGGCAAGAGAACGUGUUGGUCAUCUGUCACCAGGCCGUCAUGCGCUGCCUUUUGGCCUAUUUCCUGGACAAGACAGCAGAGGAGCUGCCGUACCUCAAGUGCCCGCUGCACACUGUGCUGAAGCUAACGCCGGUGGCCUAUGGCUGUAAGGUGGAGUCCAUCUGCUUAAAUGUGGAAGCAGUCAACACACACCGAGAAAAGCCAGAGAAUGUGAACAUUCACCGUACGACUCAAGACGCCCUGCAGACUGUCCCUCCUCACCUCUGACUGCAGCUGGACCUCUAGCUCUCUCGCUGUCCUUUUCGACGGACUCUUGUGGUAAAUUCACUUUUCCAAUGUGCACGACCUGCUCACCGCGGUGACCGUCUGGGUGAUGUGCCUCCUCUUGCUCCGUCAACACCUCUGCCACACACACACACCUCUCUAUAACUGUCCGUCUUUUUGGUUUUGAAGGAACCUGAACACAGUGAGUGUUCGGGCCUCAGUGUUCAUAUUUGAAAGCUGACUCAGCACAGCUGGUCCAGAUUAUUUAUGAAUUGAACACUUUGCUCACGGCAGGUUCUUGUCUGUGUGUUAAUAUGUUGAGUUACUGUGUGUUGAUAUUGUGCAGCAGUAGAAUUAACACUGAAGGUCAAAGUAUUAUUAUCCAUGUGGCUUCAUCAAGUGAUCUUUUCUGCUACAUGUGUGACCUGGUACUGUAUUAUGAAAUCGUUUUAUGUGACGUGUCUUCAGUGAUAAUGUGCAAUGUGAAGGUUAUAAACCUACCUGGAAACAAAAUGAUGAAGCUUAUAAUAUUUAAAAUAUGUGAUGAUUCAAUGAAUGAAUGGACUGGGUCAUUAUUAGGUUUUCUAUGGUGAAAACAAACUUAAAUUUUAUAUAGAGGGGUUAAAUCAAAUCUCAGCUUUCUUCCGAUGAUUCUAACUUUUAGUGAGAUCUGAACACUUUUUUUAGUGAAGAUUAUUAGCAGUAUUGGAAAUUCAACAAUGCAAUAUCAGCUCAGAGCUGUUGGUGUUGAUACAGUCGUGACUUCGGAUGUACAUCCCAGCUCCACUGUAAUGAAGAUGUGAUAUUUUUGUAAACAUAUUGGUCAUUAUCUCUGCCAUUAAAGGGUUCAAUUAUUUAUUUUGGCCGCACCGAUAAUUGUUUUCAUGUUUGGUUCAUAUGCCAAUACUUUCUGAAUUAAUCGAUUCAUUUUUGAGUCUAAAAAAAAGUCAGUAAAUAAUGAAGAAAUGGGCAUCACAUUUUCUCAGAGGCUAAGUUGACGUGUUCAACAAUGCUGUUUUGUCUCACCAAUCAUCUACAACCCAAAGAUAUCCAGCGCAUCAUCUUAAACUAUGCGAUCUGUUUUUCGUGGUCGUAUUUUUAACAAUUUUACUCCUGUCAAGCACUUUGUGACCUUGCUCUUUGAAAGGUGUUCUACUAAAUAAACUUUUAACAUUGGAAAA